GGAAGACAGCCACCACCAGGGACAGUCAUUCAGUCAAGACAGCACCAGUGCAGCCUAUUAGAUGAAUCCAUUACGAUUUUGUUCUUUUGAGGAAGGGGAGAUGAGGGGGUGAAAGUCAAUUUCCUACCUUUGCCUCGUUUUCCUUGUCCCGCCAGUAGUCUCCCCGAUUCGGCAGCCAUUUAGCUAACACUACUGCCGGUGAGGUGGCGUGUCACCGUUCAUAUGAAAGAGAAAAAGGGGUUAAAAACGACCACGGUGACGAGGAGGACAACGUCUACCACCUCGGGGACAUGUCACAACGACAUAAGAGUUCUAGUUGGGUGACUGGCCCAGGUCUGUCACGCCGGGAUUUGGUCUCCAAAUCUACGCCAGGCACAGUCUGAAGCCAUGUUGCGAUUUGGGAAAAGGGAAUUUGGGAAUGACACCACCGUUAAGGAUCAAGAAGAGGCGGAGGACUUUUUUUGUUCACCCAUCAGAGAACUUUGAGGAGCAACCAUGUCAAAAUGGUUCAAGGAGUUCCACACCAACCUGAAGAAUGGUACCAAAACAUCUGCCUUCAAAACAAGUCUACGCAAAAACUCCUCCGGGGAUGGCGGAGGACUAGCCGGGUCCAUCCUCCUACCCGGGAAGAACCGCAAGAACUCGGCCACGGAGCUGAGCAGUAGCCAGAAAGAUGGCAAAACAUGGGAGAAUGUCUUCCUGGCCGGGAAAGGCCGCAAGAAUUCCGUAGUGGAUCCGGCAACGGUGUUGGUGUUGGAAAAUGUCAGAAAGGGGACUAACACUGUGAGCAGCGUUUACAUCAACAGAAUGAUCCGUGUGGACACACUGGACAAGAACCCCAACUUUGACCCUGGUACGGUCACCAAUCACCAGCUGGAUACAGAUAAGCAAGCUCAGCAGUACAAAACUGACAGGGUAACAAUCCUAGAGGACUACGCAGACCCCUUUGACGCCAAUCACAUGAGUGAUCAACAGGAACAUGUGCGACCUGGUGACAACGACGGCUACAUGGAGCCUUACGAUGCCCAGCUGAUGAUCACCGAAAUCAGACGUCGGGGCUCAAAAGACCUUCUCCAAGUGCAAAUGGGAGUGGGUGAGGUGCUCACGGACAGUGGUCAGUCUGAUGGAUGUGGAGAAGGUGAAGCUCACUUUGAUAGCCCCAAUGGUCCGCCAAAAUAUGGCAUCACCCAGAGAGAGACGCAGCAUCAGAAGCACACAAGGCAGAAAAGCUGGACGCAGAAAAUUUUAAUGUCCUCAACAUAGACCCCAUCGUCAACAUCCACUACUGGAGGCACCUCUGAAUUUCCCACCAACUCUGAUGAACCCACACAUUUUUAUCACAGUUAAAAAAAAUCAAUGCUCCAGGGGUACUUAACAUUUGUAAAAUUUUCACAAAACAUGUACCAAUAGCCUAUUUAAUGUGGUUUGUGUCUCCACUAUCUCUACGUCUACAUAAUGAUGAGACAUAUUUAUGGUUUCAGCCCAGUGUUGCAAAUUAAACUGACUCUCUGCUUUCCCCUGGUGGCUAUGCUUCAUCACUACAACGCAUUAACAACAACAAAGAGCUGUCUGUGCUCUUGCGCCAGGAAAAAGCCAUGAAUAAAGCGCCUGUCAUAGCACUUAGAGAUAAGAUAACAUAGGGCAACGAUUUGACGAUGCCCUGGAGUGCCAUGAAGCAUAAAACGGCGCGGGCUCAGGGCCAAUUUGAUGCAAAAGAUACACACAAAAGGUAAAUAGUGCAUUUAUCAUCAUAUUGUUUAUUAAACGCACUCAACAAACCGCACACAUUAGCCUUGUUUUCAACCGUGUUACAUCUAGAAAUCAGUUCCUAAUGCUGUUUGAUAGGAUUUUCAACUUAUACACUGGAAAAAUAGGCAAAUUGUUUGAAACAUUAUGAAUAAACUUUCACAUCAGAUACUUUAACUUCUACUGAUACAUGAUUAUUAGCUGCCAGCCCCUUCCUCGGACGUCUAUCACUGUAAAUUGUAGCGAGUGAGUUUUAUAAAAAUGAAAAUUAACGACUUUUUGUGCUUCUUUUAUUCCUGCUGUACGAUGCCGAACUGCUCCAACCACACGCGGAGUUCCCCCUGUAGCCGAAAAUUUCAUUGCAUGUAGUUGACUUUCUAAUACAGUAUAUGAAUUUAAAAUGGACUUUGCCGGUAAAACGUUGUCUAUAAAAGUUGUAAAGCAGUGAAACAAACAACAAAAAUGAAUGAAAUGAAAAAAAAAAUCAUAAUGUAUCAUAGACUUUAUAAUACAGUGGGGCAAAUAAGUAUUU